AUGCUGGCCAAGCCGUGGCUUCCUCCUGGGACCGGACCGACUCCUGAUGCCUUAGGGACCUGGUUCUCGACCCAGCUCAUACUUUCCCUCACAAUCGGGAUGUCCAGCUUCUGUGCCUUCUGCAUCCUGCGCACAAAAUGGGAUAUGGUCUAUAUGGGGCGAACGAAGCUGAAGCACUACUCGCCCUCUCCCGCUCACUCAUCUGAAAGUCAGAAGGCGUCAGGAGGCAAAUGGCUCGGAUGGAUCAUACCGACAGUCCGCACGAGCGAGUUCACCGUACUCCAGACGGUCGGUCUGGAUGCUGCUGUCCUCCUGGACUUCUUUCGGAUGAGCUUCAUGCUGUUCUCGCUGGCGGCGAUACUGGCUACAGUGGUUCUGAUGCCGCUCAACUACUUUAAACAUGGAACGACAGACUCUGAGCCAGAUACCCCUCCCGACAACUCGACCUCGCUCUUCAUCUCCUACAUCCCCAGCAACACUACGCACCCGAUCCCCCCGACGCUCUCAGAGCUCAUCCUCGAUCCUCAGACAUCCGCCACCAUCAACCUCCUCUUCACCUACCUCUUCACCGCGCUCACCCUUUCAUUCCUCCACCGUAAUUUCCGUCGCUUCGUCCAGUCCCGCCAAGCUUUCGCUCUCCACCUCACCCACUCCAUCUCGGCCCGCACUGUACUCGUCACGAAUGUCCCGACCCACCUUCGGGGCGAUCGGGCACUGGCGACAUACUUUGAAGGGUGUGGAUGGCGGGUCGAAAGCGUCAGCGUGUGUCGGCAAGUCGAGAAGGUCCGGCAGGCGCUGGAGAGGCGGACACAUGCGCUCCUGAGCCUGGAGAGUGCCUGGACGGAAUGGAUGGGCAAUCCCGCGAGCCCAGCUGCGAAGGGAUACAAUCCGCGACUGUACACUCAGGAGUCGACGCCUUCAAGGGAGUCGUCCGGCGCCACCGUACGCCCUCAGCAGGAAGCUUCGGGAAGCACCAACCCUUGGCUGUCGACUUCCACUUCGACCAUCACGCCGGCGACGCGCGACCCCGAGGCUGCAGCUCCGACUAAGGAGACCACCAGUGCACGCCCUCGACCGACAUACCGCCCGAACUGGUUCGGGACCGCCGUCGAUGCCAUCGAGUAUUGGGAGAAGCAAUUCCUCGAGGCGGAUGGAGAAGUGCGAACUUUGAGGAAGACAGGUAGCUUUGAAGCUACCCAUGCGGCUUUCGUCACGUUUGACAAUAUCAAUAGUGCUCAAAUGGCAUGCCAGGUCCUCCACUAUCCGUACCACUCGCAACUCAUAACCCAGCCCGCACCGGAGCCGCGCGAUCUUGUAUGGAGCCAGAUCGGGAUCUCGAAUCGAGAGGGUUACAUCCGCGUAGCUGUGGUCAUGCUGGCGAUGGUGAUUCUGCUUCUGUUCUGGAUUCCACCCGUUUCCGCCCUGGCUUCGCUGCUGUCUUACGCCGAAAUCAAGAAGGUCUUUCCGGGACUCGCAAGACUCAUCAAAAGCAGUCCAAGGCUGGCUCCAUUGGUGCAGAACUCGCUGCCUUCGCUUGCGUUGAUCACCUUCAACGCGCUUCUCCCUUUCUUACUCUCUUGGUUGUCUUACCAACAAGGAUUCGUUUCGCGCAGUGCGACCGAGUACUCCUUGAUGCGAAAGUACGGUAAAAGUUCGGAGCUGACCCACAGAUACCACCUCUUCCUCCUUAUCUCGGUCCUCUUUGUCUUCCUCCUCACCACCACCUACUUUGCCCUAAUCCGAGAUCUGGCCGAUUCGCCAAUGAAGAUCCCUGAGAAGCUUGCGGCGGCGUUGCAGGCACCCAACGCACGGAACUUCAUGGUUUCCUACGUCAUGCUGCAGUCGUUGGGUCUGAUGCCUCUCCAGCUCCUAAACCUGGGGCCACUUUUCUCGCUCGGCUUUGCUCGAGGUUUCUACACCAAGACCCCGCGAGAUUACGCAGAGGCGAACGCGCCACCCAUGCUCAACUUUGGAUGGGUCUAUCCGCCUGCAUUACUCGUCUUCACCAUUACCUUGGUGUACAGUGUGGUCUCCCCGUUGAUCCUGGUCUUUGGCGCUAUCUACUUCGGUACAGCUUAUGUGGCGUACAAGUAUAAGCUCCUCUUCAGCGCGUCUCCUCCACACUCAAUCUAUUUCAAGCCAUACGAAUCCAACGGCGAAGCCUGGCUCAUCACGUUCCGCCGACUCGUCUGGGCCCUCAUCCUCUUCCAGAUCUUUAUGACCGGUCUCUUCUCCCUCGGUCACUACACUUCGCCAUACCUUCCGCUGGCUAUGGUCCCGCUCAUCGUUUACACCUUGUGGUGGAGCUACUCGAUGACCGAGGACUUUAAGCCACUCAGCACGUAUCUCGCGCUCAGUAGCGUAUGCGAGGUGCAGCGUGGCGAGGGUGCGGAUCAGGCUGCCGGAUUGGCGGACGAGAGCAUCCCGAUCUCGCAAAGCAACCUCAAUCAUCGCCGGUAUGGGAUGAACGAUGACACCCUCUACGUCGCACCCUCAUCCAAGCACACCGACUACUCUCAGCCACCACUCAACAAUUUCUACUAUGGGGUCCUCAAUACCGGCCGAAGACGUUAUGCACACCCCGCCCUAUCCGGAAAGUUGCCCUUCCCUUGGCUGCCUGCCGUCAAGAAGGCACCAGCGUUCGGGGACGGGGCAAAAGAGCGCCGCGGAGUGGUCCUAAGCUUGCGUCGCAAGAUGGGCCAGAAGCUCAGCCGGGGCAAGGAUGAUGGUCCUGUUGGGCCUGGAGCGGCUUCGGGUCGGACAGGGCCGAUCGCAUUGCCGGAAGACUGGAGGAACGAGGGACAAUGGGGCGAUACGCUAGCUGCGGACGGAGCGGGCGAGUCUAGCUCGCAAGCCCCAGCGAGGGGCAUGGGGUCUUCGGCUUCUUCCUCGUCCAACAUCAACCCCUGGGGCGACCCAACACCUUCUCUCGCUGGUCAGAUCAGGCGUCAGCUCUCGUUCGAUCCUGGAUCGGGCGUGAUUGCGCUCCCAGAUGAGGAAAAUGUAUGGGACGAUCCGGAUAGCGAGGAGGGUGAUGAGGAUAACGCAGAAGGGGCAUCACCGGUAAGUCACGACUGCGCCGAAUUCAUUGUCCGAGCGAUAGCUGAUACUUCCAGUCCAUGUACUACCAUCACCCAGAGAGGAGCAAGAGUAGAGGCGGUUCAGAGGCUACUCUGGAAUCUGGCAACGCCAUAA